AUGCCCACCAACCUCACCGCUUCUGCCAACCACACCGCUCAGCUCUCAGCCACAAACUACAACUUUCCUGCACUCGUAUUUGGGAUCCUGCUCAUCAUCGUGAUUAUCUGCGGGAACCUGCUCGUGUGCCUCAGCGUGUACAGAGAAAAGGCUUUAAAAACUACAACCAAUUACUUUAUUGUAAGUUUAGCCGUCGCGGACCUGCUGCUCGCAGUGCUCGUUCUGCCCCUGUUUGUUUACGCAGAGUUCCAGGAUGGAGUUUGGUCCUUGAACAUGACCGUGUGUGAUGGCCUGAUGACCAUGGACGUGAUGCUGUGUACUGCCUCCAUAUUCAACCUUUGUGCAAUUAGCAUUGACAGGUUUAUUGCUGUAUCCAUCCCACUCAAUUACAACCGUAAACAUGUGGACCAGCGGCAGAUUGUCCUGCUGUCUGCUACCUGGAUCCUGGCACUAGCUGUGGCCUCGCCUGUUCUGUUUGGCAUCAACGACGUGCCAAAUCGGGAUCACAGUGAGUGCAAGCUGGAGAACAACAACUACGUGGUCUACUCCUCUGUCUGCUCUUUCUUUGUGCCCUGCCCCAUCAUGCUGCUGCUCUACUGUGGAAUAUUUCAGGGCCUCAGGAGGUGGGAGGAGGUGAGGAAGGCCAAGCUGAAGAGCAGCACGCAGCAGGCCUGUCACCAACUUGAGGAGCCACCAGCAUCUCUACCACCGCUAGCUUCUCUACCGCCGCCACUUCCCCCAGUCAUACAGAAUGACUUUACAGACCUUAAUCUGAAAGAGAUGGACCAAGAUCCUGUCCCAGAUGGUCCUUAUACAAUAGAAUGUAAGAAUGGGCCUGUAGCUUCGCUGACCUUCUCGGAUAGUGGUUACAACCAAGAUCAGAACCAGGAGAAGAAGAGGGCUAAAAUUAACAGGAGGGAGAGGAAGGCCAUGAGGGUGCUUCCUGUUGUGGUGGGUGCCUUCCUGUUCUGCUGGACUCCGUUCUUCGUGGUGCACACGAUGCGUGCUCUGUGCCAGGACUGCGACAUUCCCAGCAGUCUCAUUAGCAUCGUCACAUGGUUGGGUUACGUUAACAGUGCCAUCAACCCCGUCAUUUAUACCGUCUUCAACACAGAGUUCAGGAAGUUCUUCAGGAAUUUUUUACCUAAAUGCUGCUAG